CUUCAAAUGUCAUUCAGAGUCUGCUUUUACCGGUGUAGAGUACAAAUUUACAUUUGUCAAACUAGGAAAGUUAUUUUCUAACAUAAAAAAUUGAAUAAAAUUCAAAAAAUAUGAAUGGAAAGUGGUCAAAAAUGGAUCCCCUUGAUAUAGAAGUGCCUGAAAUAAAAACUUUAUUAGAAAGAGAUGGUUAUUUAAAGCCAUAUGAAGCCGACAUACGACGAAGAUAUGGUUUAUUCAAAGACAUCAUUGAAAGAAUUGAAAGUGGAGAGAGGAGUAUAAACAGUUUUUCAAAGGGUUACAACAGUUUUGGAAUUCAUAUUAAUGAAGAUAAUAGUGUAAUAGCAAAAGAAUGGGCUCCCGGAGCACAGGAACUUUUUUUGACAGGAGAUUUUAAUGAAUGGAACAGAACGAAAACUCCUUUUAGAAAAUUAGAAUAUGGAAAAUGGGAAUUGAAACUCAAUGCAAAUCCUGAUGGUACUUGUCCUCUUAAACAUAAUGCUGAAGUGAAACUUAUUGUGAAAAAUCAAAACGGAGAAUUAUUGGAGAGAUUAAGUCCAUGGGCAACAUAUGUUACACAAAAUCGUGCCGAGGGAACAACUUUUAAGCAAAGAAUUUGGCAUCCCAAACCGGAAAAUAUCUACAAACCUAAACAUCCAAAACCAAAGAAACCAAAAAGUCUCAGAAUUUAUGAAUGUCAUGUUGGAAUUGCAACUCAAGAAUUAAAAAUUGGCACUUAUCUUGAAUUUGCAAAAAAUAUUAUUCCUCGUAUUGUAAAACAAGGCUACAAUGCUAUACAAUUAAUGGCUAUUAUGGAACACGCCUAUUAUGCAAGUUUUGGUUAUCAGGUAACGUCAUUUUAUGCUGUUUCAUCGCGUUAUGGUACACCAGAAGAAUUAAAGGAAUUAAUUGACGUUGCUCAUGAAAAUAAUUUAUAUGUUCUAUUGGAUAUGGUUCAUUCACAUGCAUCGAAAAAUACUUUAGAUGGCUUGAAUAUGUUUGAUGGAACUGACGCAUGUUUUUUCCAUUCAGGACAUCGUGGUGAUCAUCCCCUAUGGGAUAGUCGUUUAUUUAAUUAUGCAGAUUAUGAAGUUUUAAGAUUUUUGCUUUCAAAUUUACGAUGGUAUAUUGAAGAAUAUGGUUUCGAUGGAUAUAGAUUUGAUGGUGUCACAUCAAUGUUGUAUCAUUCACGAGGUUUUGGACAAGGAUUCAGUGGUCAUUAUGAUGAAUAUUAUAAUUUAAAUGUUGACGUUGAAGGUGUUGUUUAUUUAAUGGUAGCAAAUCAUCUUUUACACAGUUUGUAUCCAGAAAUUGUAACUAUCGCCGAAGAUGUAAGCGGAAUGCCAGGCGUUUGUAGACCAGUUUCUGAAGGUGGAGUUGGUUUUGAUUACCGAUUAGGAAUGGCAAUUCCGGAUAAAUGGAUAAAAUUAUUGAAAGAAGUUAAGGACGAUGAUUGGAAAAUGGGUGAAAUUUGUUGGACAUUGAGUAAUCGAAGAUGGAUGGAAAAAACAGUGGCUUAUGCUGAAUCGCAUGAUCAGGCACUUGUUGGAGAUAAAACUAUUGCAUUUUGGCUUAUGGAUAAGGAAAUGUACUGGAGUAUGAGUACUGUUAGUCCUCCAAAUCCAAUAAUUGAUCGUGGAAUUGCUCUUCAUAAUUUAAUUACACUUAUAUCACAUGCACUUGGCGGCGAGGCUUAUUUGAAUUUCAUGGGAAAUGAAUUUGGACAUCCAGAAUGGUUGGAUUUUCCAAGGGCGGGAAAUAACGACAGUUUUCAUUAUGCAAGACGUCAGUGGAAUUUGGCUGAUGAUGAAUUGUUGAAGUACAAAUUAAUGAACAAUUGGGACAGAGAAGUCAAUAAACUUGAGGAAAAAUAUGGUUGGCUUCAUUCUAAUCCGGGCUACGUCAGCUGCAAACACGAGGACGAUAAAGUCAUUGUCUUUGAUCGAGCUGGUCUCGUUUUUGCCUUCAAUUUCCAUCCAACAAAAUCAUUUACCGAUUAUUCUGUUGGUGUCGAUAAUCCAGGAACUUAUAAAAUAGUUCUAAAUAGUGAUGAUACAAAUUUUGGAGGACACAAUAGACUUGAUAUUAGUGUUUCUCAUUUUACAAAACCUGAACCAUUUUCGGGGAAACAACAUCGUAUGAUGGUUUAUAUUCCCUGUAGAACUGCAAUUGUUUACGCUUUAGAUGUUUAAUAUUGUUUUCUAUAUUUUAUUUAGAAUUAACAAUUCUUUUUUUAACUUGUUGGUAAUUUUUAAAAAUUUUGACCAAUAUUUUUAAUAAUUGAUCUGUAAAUUUUGUAGUAUAAAUAAAAAGAGAUACACCAACUUCUUAAACAAA